CUUUGCGUUUUACACGCGCGUCAAAACACGGAAGUAAACAACUGGUAUACACAUGUUUGCGCUAAAUGUAACUGUAUCUGGCAAACGCACUGGUUUCCUAAAGUACCGUUGCGUUGAUUGUUUAGAAUUUAUCAAGCUUUCGCCGUUGUCGACCAUUGUUUGGCGAUUUACCACGAAAUAGGUUAUUUCUCGUGAAUACAUUUUGGUGGACUUUAGAAUCAAUAGUGCAAUGACCUAUGCGUUAUUACUGCACCGAGUUAUUAGAGAGUAUGAAGUCAUUUAAAUCUCCAGGCCGUCAUGGAUAUGCGGUGGAGAUUUCACCUUUUCUGGCUUCCACGAUCGCCUGUGCGUCAUCUCAAUAUUAUGGAAUAGCAGGAUGUGGGACACUUCUUGUGCUGGAGCAGAGAGAGGCAGAUGUUUUACUUGUGAGGAGUUUUGACUGGAAUGAUGGGCUCUUCGAUGUGACGUGGAGUGAGAACAAUGAACAUGUGCUGGUGACGGGAGGAGGUGAUGGAUCUUUGCAGAUCUGGGACACGGCCAACCCGCAAGGUCUUCUGCAGGUGCUUAAAGGGCACACACAAGAGGUGUAUUCAGUAGACUGGAGUCAGACACGGGCGGAGAACCUGGUGGUAUCAGGGUCUUGGGACCACACAGCCAAAGUGUGGGAUCCAGAGCAAUGUCAGUUAGUGAGCUCCCUGCAGGGUCAUGAGGGGGUCAUCUACAGCACCAUCUGGUCUCCUCAUAUCCCAGCAUGCUUUGCCUCAGCCUCAGGGGAUGGGACACUGCGAGUGUGGGAUGUGAAGGGGGGAUCAUGCAGGCUGGCUGUCCCAGCACACAGGGCUGAAAUCCUCAGCUGUGAUUGGUGCAAAUAUGACCAGAAUAUUCUGGUCACUGGAGCUGUGGACUGCAGUCUCCGAGUUUGGGACCUACGGAACGUCCGACAUCCUGUAGCUCAAAUGAUGGGCCAUUCCUACGCCAUCCGCAGAGUAAAGUUCUACCCAUUUUAUAAGACCAUCCUAGCAUCCUGCUCAUAUGAUUUCACAGUCAGAUUCUGGGACUACUCCAAGAACCAGCCGCUGCUGGAGACACUGGAGCACCACUCAGAGUUUGUGUGUUUUGUGUGUUUCAUGGUUUUCAUCCUUAACAUGGUUGUGGACUGCUCUUGGGAUGAGACUGUAAAAGUCUUCACCCCUUCAUGCCUGGCCGCCCUAUAGGAGGUUAGUGCACCAUGAGAAGAUGUUCUCCGAGGAGCCACGGAUCUGUUUCAAUCACAGAUGCAGAGUUUGCCAAGACAUCACUGCGGUUUUCCUAAUGACGCUAUUAAAGGAGAACCCAUGGGACGUAUCAGGAUCGCCGUACAGAUGUGGGGGAAUCUCAUGAGUGUGGUGUUAUUAUAAUGUUUCUUAAGUGUAAAAUCGAACUGAAAGUGAGUUUACCUUAUGCAGUGAGUGCCUUAUUGUUGUCUAAAGCUCAUUGGUAGAUUAUGUAGUAUGUGUAUGUUGUUGUUUCUUACUGGUUUGUUAAACUUAUAUUAAUAAAUCAAUCCAAUCUGUCAUUCUCAAAAUUUUA